AACAAAUCCAACACACACACCACACGCCGCACAAACUAGAAGCUGACCGUCCUUACCGACCGUCAGUGAUAUCUAGUUCUUCCAGUACAACCAAACCAAUUGCGGCCGGCGUCCACGAGGAUCCCCGCCCACCCCCCGCCCACGCACUUUUCCAGCUCACUGCGCAGCGCCAGUGAGCUCCGUGUCUGAUUCGCAAUCAUGGCAGACAGCAAGGGCCUUGAGGACAUCGAUGCUGGUCAAAUCGAGUCCAACUAUGACGAGACCACCGACUCCUUCGAUGCGAUGAACCUCAAGAGCGAGCUCCUCCGCGGAGUCUACGCCUACGGUUUCGAGCGCCCAUCUGCUAUCCAGCAGCGCGCUAUCAUGCCAGUCAUCAAGGGCAACGAUGUCAUUGCUCAGGCUCAGUCGGGUACCGGCAAGACUGCCACUUUCUCCAUCUCCGUGCUCCAGAAGAUCGACCCAAACAUCAAGGCCUGCCAGGCGCUCAUCCUCGCACCAACCCGUGAGCUCGCCCAACAGAUCCAGAAGGUUGUUGUCGCCAUCGGUGACUUCAUGCAGAUUGAGUGCCACGCUUGCAUUGGUGGUACCAGCGUAAGAGAUGAUAUGAAGGCUCUCCAGGACGGCCCACAGGUCGUUGUCGGCACCCCAGGCCGUGUCCACGACAUGAUCCAGCGUCGCGUCCUCCGCACUGACAGCAUGAAGAUGUUCGUGCUCGACGAGGCUGAUGAGAUGUUGUCUCGCGGUUUCACCGAGCAGAUCUACGACAUCUUCCAGCUGCUCCCACAGUCGACCCAGGUCGUCCUCCUUUCCGCCACCAUGCCACAGGACGUCCUCGAGGUCACCACCAAGUUCAUGCGCGACCCAGUCCGUAUCCUGGUCAAGAAGGACGAGCUUACCCUCGAAGGUAUCAAGCAGUUCUACAUUGCUGUCGAGAAGGAGGAUUGGAAGCUCGACACCCUGUCCGACUUGUACGAGACCGUCACCAUCACCCAGGCUGUCAUCUUCUGCAACACCCGUAGAAAGGUCGACUGGCUCACCGACAAGCUUACUGCCCGCGACUUCACUGUCUCCGCCAUGCACGGCGACAUGGACCAGGCCCAGCGUGACGUGAUCAUGAAGGAGUUCCGAUCUGGUUCUUCCCGUGUGCUCAUCGCCACUGAUCUGCUCGCCCGUGGUAUCGAUGUCCAGCAAGUCUCCCUGGUCAUCAACUACGACCUUCCAGCCAACCGUGAGAACUACAUCCACCGCAUCGGUCGUGGUGGCCGAUUCGGACGUAAGGGUGUUGCCAUCAACUUCGUCACCGCCGACGACGUGCGCAUGAUGCGUGAGAUCGAGCAGUUCUACAGCACCCAAAUCGAAGAGAUGCCAAUGAACGUGGCUGACUUGAUCUAAACGAAGAAAUCACAACACCACACGAGCCUUCCAGUUCGCUGCCGAGACACGGCUGUCGGGCUGGCGAGGCGCUCACCACCUACUGCACGGAAUCUGAGAGCCCACUCAUCGCUGCUUCGCGCGGACGGCGCGCAUUGACCGUACGCCAGAUAGCGCUCAAUGGCGAAUGACUUGCAUCAUGAUCAUCAGGAGGGAGUUCGCGAUGCUUUAUGCACAUCAAAACUGCUCUGCGUUUUUAGAGGGAAUGGGAGUUUCAUGCUUACGUUGAAAAUGCUGUUUUUGCUGAGGUUGAAUUGCGACCUGGUACGUAGGCUGCGUACAUGAAUUGAACAGUACAAAA